CACCUUCAACCCUGCACCCACGCAGCUCACGGCAAUUCUCUAGCCUGAGCCGGCGGAUGAGGGAGCAAGGCAACGUGAUGCUCCGUCCCAUUCGUCCCUCGCUGACCGCAAACCAACACGCUUUACCUGACGUAGCAACACGUAGCUUAAGCUUACCCGCAUGACCCUAGCACUCACCACCAUGCCACAACGGUGCUCAUUCGAUCGACAGGGCAGCGCAGUGCGCCAUGGCGUGCAGGCGACGUCAAAUAUCGUGGGCUCGCGCACGGUGAGCCGCUCAGCCUUCCUGUGCUUAAAACUGCUGUGCCCGCCUUUCCUUCGUGUCGGUUUUCGCUCUCGCCUUAUUUCCCACAGCCGCGACUACGCGCCGGCCAUCCCCACCUUCCGCACCGUGCACACCAUGACAGCCUGACUUUGGAUGUUUACGACACCUACGUUCUCGGAUGGAAUUUGAAACAGAUGUGGAAACACGCCUUACUGUGCGCCAUCUUGGCCCCGGGAGCAGUGGUGAAAGCUGCCAUCUUUACUGUGCCGAAACCCACCUUGGUCUCGCCGGCAGUUGAUGGGUGGAAUCCGGCCCCCACAAAGGCUCCACGUUUCGGUGUGAUCGAACUCUUGAGGCGCGACGAUGAGCCGUGGCAAACCUUUGCACGGGCCGGAACUUGUGGGUUCUUUGACGGCAUUCAGACAUCAGCUUUCACCUGCCGUCAAUCUAAAUACCAAUGCGCGACCAACACAUUGUACGGCAACCAUGGAUGCUGUGACCCCUACCAGCCUGCCUCAUCAUGUACGCUCUACACGACAUGCUUGCCCAAAACCCUCUUGUCGAAAAGCUGCGAUCGCGACUGUUCAUCCAAUGACUACAUCGCAAAAUGCAGUCUCACUGCGAACCCUGAGUGCUAUGAAUUCCACUUCGUGUAUACUACCGCCGGACGUACCACGACUAUGAAAGAAUGGGGAUGCACAGACUCAGCGACUACAGGGGAAAUACCACUCACAUGGAGCGGUUACAGUGUUCCUGGUAGCGGCGACUCUUCCACAUCAUCCUCGUUGUCAACAUCGCCUACAACCUCUCCCACACCAACCGAAACACCGCAACAGGUGGCCAAGGGCGAUGGCAAGCCAAACAACACUCCGGCCAUCAUUGGCGGCGUGCUGGGCGGCCUCAUCAUCGUUGGCGCCCUUGUUUUUGCCAUCGUCUUUCUCGUCCUGCGUGAUCGCCGCCGCAAGCGCGAAGCGCAGCUCGCCCAACAACCACAACAACACCAAGACUGGGCCGCUCCACCGCCCACACCCGGAAUGUCAGAAGUACAAUACAACGCCGAUGGCUUCAUCGGCUGCAACGUCUACGGCGAAGAACCGCGCGUCAGCACGACCGAAGACCCGCCUAAAAACUGGAAGGCGUGGAACGGAGUCAGCAGAGACAAGAAGGUGCCGCAGGACAGGGUGACGAGCUGCGGGGAGCAAGGGAUGUAUGGGGCCGUGGAGGCGGAGGGGAGGAUGGUGCAUGAGGCGCCUUCGUAACAGUACUGUCGCUACAGAUGUUGGGGCUGGCUAAAAGCACGGUUGAAGGUUUGAUUGGUCUUUUCUUGUUUAUGAUUUUUUUGGGGGGCUUUUUGCAUUGCAUUGCGAUUAGGAAGCCACGCAUAUGGGCUGGCGUGCACUCGUUCUUGGAAUAUACCCCGAUGGAUGGAAGGAUGGAAUAUCAGCAGAUACACGUAUCUUAGUAGUAUGAUG